AUGAAUUCCAACAACUGGCUCUCCUUCCCACUUUCGCCUACACAUCCCACCUUGCAAACCCAUCUCCAGUCUUCUCAUCACUCCGGCCACCACUUCUCCCUCGGCCUAGUCAAUGACGCCAUGGACAACUCUUUUCAAUCCCAAGGGGAUUGGAGCCUUAUGAACAGUCAAGCAAGCAAUGAAGUUCCAAAAGUGGCCGACUUCCUAGGAGUGAGCAAAUCCGACAACGACAGCCACCACGCCGGAGAUAAUCUCAUCUCCUACAACGACCUUCAUCAACAUCAUCACCACCAAUACAUGUUUGCCACCGGCGGCGGCGGCAGCAGUCUGCUGCCGGUGGCCACCGCCUCUAGUAACUACGAGUACCAAGAGAGUGCCGGCAGCCUGCAAGGGCUGACGUUGUCGAUGGGGAGCGCCAGCGGGAAGAGCGAGACCAGUGGGGAUAACACUAGCGCCACCGCCGAGGCCGCCGCUCCGAGGAGGACAUUGGAUACUUUCGGCCAGAGAACUUCCAUUUAUCGCGGCGUUACGAGGUCGGUCGUCUUUGCACUUUAUUUUUUCAUGUUGUCUUUGAAAUGGGAAUGCAGGCAUAGAUGGACGGGAAGGUAUGAAGCUCACCUUUGGGACAAUAGCUGCAGAAGGGAAGGCCAAUCAAGGAAAGGACGACAAGGUGGUUCAGGUGGGUAUGAUAAAGAAGAUAAGGCUGCUAGGGCUUACGAUAUGGCUGCUCUUAAGUAUUGGGGUCCAUCUACUACCACCAAUUUCCCCAUCACCAACUAUGAGAAGGAGUUGGAGGACAUGAAGCAUAUGACCAGACAGGAAUUCGUAGCUUCCAUUCGAAGGAAGAGUAGUGGCUUCUCCAGAGGUGCAUCUAUGUAUCGUGGUGUUACAAGGCAUCACCAACACGGAAGAUGGCAAGCGAGGAUCGGCAGAGUUGCCGGAAACAAAGAUCUCUACCUCGGCACCUUCAGCACGGAGGAGGAGGCGGCGGAAGCAUACGACAUAGCGGCGAUAAAAUUCCGCGGCCUCAACGCCGUCACCAACUUCGACAUGAACCGCUACGACGUGAAGAGCAUCCUCGAGAGCAGCGCGCUCCCCAUCGGCGGCGGCGCCGCCAAGCGGCUCAAGGAGGCCCAGGCGCUCGAGUCCUCCCGCAAAAGGGAGGAGAUGAUCGCGCUCGGCUCCACCUAUCCUUACGCCGCCGCCGCCGCCGGCUCGAGCCGGCUCCAAGCCUACUCUUUAAUGCAGCCGACAACGACGCCGUACGAGGCCCAGCCGCUGCUCACCCUACAGAACGGCACCGAGAUGUCGUCCUACGACGCCGUUCAGAACAACUACUUACAGACUCAGCUCCAUCUCGCCAACCAAUCGGCUGCUGCCACGUCGUACCCGGGCUCGUCGUUCUACAACAGUUACUUGCAGAGCAAUAACCCGGGGAUGCUCCACGGGUUGAUGAGCAUGGAGGGCGGGAGUAAUAAUAAUAGUGGCGGUGGUUCGGGUGGGGCGGGUUACGGUUCGGUUGGUGGUGGGUUCUUGGGGAUGGGGACCGGUGGGUCGGGUAGCAUGGGUGGACCGGGUUCCGGAGGAGAGGAAGGGGUUGGGCCGUUGGUGAAGGUGGAUUAUGAUAUGCCUUCGACCAAUGGGUAUGGUGGCUGGACCGGGGAGUCCGUUGUCCCAGGGUCGAACCAUGGCAUGUUUACGAUGUGGAAUGAUUGA